GUAGUCGGUCACAUUUCGGUACCAAUCGGGAAGGACGUGCUACCGAAUAGUGAAUAAGGCUGAGUCAGGGGCUACCAGCUCCUGCGCACUCUACAUUGGUACUACUCCUCAAUCCGUCCAAUUUCCAUUCGCGGCGCGGGCACGACAGAAGUAUUACAGUAGUAGAGUGCUGCCAUCAUCAUGUUCCCUCGUGCAGGUGUUCGUCACGUCAGAUGGGAGUGUUUGUACAUAUAUAGCCUUGCGCUGGCGCCAUCAACUCUCGUGACCUCACAAUAAAAGGCCAGAGGCAGCACAGCCCUUUCCUUCACACUCGUUCUAUCGAAACCUUCAAUCUCGAAACAGAGGAAAUUGAAGUGGCUGUGAUCAAGAUGCUUUUCCGUUCCCUUCUUGGCCUGGCCGGGCUGUUCGCCAAGUUGGCAGCGGCUGACCGACUCGUCUUCGCUCACUACAUCGUCGGCCUCACAUCUGGACAGACUAGGGAUGAGUGGCAGCUGGACAUCUCGCAGGCAAAAGCGUCGGGAAUCGAUGGCUUUGCUCUCAAUAUAGGGUCCCAGGACAGCUACAAUGAUGAGCAGCUCCAUCUUGCCUAUGACGUAGCUUCCUCCAACGGUUUCUCGAUGUUCUUGUCCUUCGACAUGCAAGCUUCUCAAUGGAACGCCGACCAGAUCAGCAGCUACAUCAACACCUAUAGUGGUUUUAGCAGCCAGCUGAGGAUUAAUGCAGUCCCUGUGGUGUCGACUUUUGAGGGGCCCUCACAAGCUGACAUUUGGCCUGGGGUUCGGUCCGCUACUGGUGGCAUAUUCCUUAUGCCCGACUGGGCUUCCCUCGGUGCCCAGGGUGUUGGGGACAAACUUUCUCUCAUUGAUGGCGCUUUCAAUUGGGGCGCGUGGCCCGAAGCGAACCAGUUGGUUAUGUCGACGGGCAACGAUGUUGCAUAUAAAUCAGUUUUACAGGGCAAGCCGUACAUGAUGGGUGUCAGUCCCUACUUCUACACUAAUCUACCAUCCAAAAACUGGUACUCGUCUAGCGACUCGCUCUGGUUUGAUCGUUGGAAGCAGGUCUUUGAUAUCAUGCCUGAAUACAUCGAGAUCAUCACAUGGAACGACUAUGGCGAGUCGAGCUACAUCAACGCUCCUAUCAGUCAUCAAGUUAUUCCUGAUGCCACCGCAUAUGUCAACGGAUUUGAUCACACAGCUUUUCGAUUUGUGCUUCCAUACUUUAUCAGUGCCUACAAGGCCGGUAAUGCGAACGUCGCCGUUCCAGCCGAGGGGGCCGUAGCGUGGUACAGGACAACACCAGCAACCAUAUGCAGCGAUGGUGGUACCGUCUGGGGCCAGGGAGGCAGUGCUUCAGCCGCUGGGGGAACUAAAGAUGUUGUAUCUAUCAUCGCGUUGACAAAUGCGCCCACUGAUAUCAAUGUCAAGAUUGGUAGCGGAGAUGCAGGUCGGUCGGUGAGUGCCACUAGCACUGUCGGUAAAGCCUCGUUCUACAACAUCCCAACCGACGGAAGAACUGGUGCUGUCACUAUCACUCUCAAUGGGAAGUCGACAACGGGGCCUGAAAUCACAAACAACUGCCCGUCUUCAGGUCAUGUCAACUUCAAUGCUGUUACUAUCCAGGUCUAACCAUGACAUGAAUUCUCAUGCCGGUGUUAGUGGUGAUGUAAAGGCAUGACGCUGUGAAGGGACCGGUACACCAUGAAAU